UCCACCCACCCCCCUCCUUAAUUACAUCAUCUCUCUUUGUUGCAUCCUAGAAGAGAGAAUCAUUCUCUUCCCGGCGUUGACAAGAACACAACUUAGCUUGUACAACGUUACAAGAACAUAAACAAUUUUAUUUGUUUCCUGACAAGAUUUCUGUUUUGUUCUUGAUUGCUGUCAGCUGCAAACAUUUUGCAGUCAAUUUAAGCAAACAUGGGGAGGCAUUCUUGUUGUUACAAGCAGAAGCUGAGGAAAGGCCUUUGGUCUCCUGAGGAAGAUGAGAAGCUCAUAAAGCAUAUUACUUCAUAUGGCCAUGGCUGCUGGAGCUCAGUCCCAAAACUAGCAGGUCUGCAAAGGUGUGGGAAGAGUUGCAGGCUGAGGUGGAUAAACUAUUUGAGGCCUGAUUUGAAAAGAGGCACAUUUUCACAGGAGGAAGAGAAUUUGAUAAUUGAACUCCAUGCAGUUUUGGGUAACAAGUGGUCUCAAAUUGCAGCUAGACUGCCCGGUAGAACGGACAACGAAAUCAAGAACCUCUGGAACUCGUCAAUCAAGAAGAAGCUGAGGCAGAAAGGGAUCGACCCGAACACACACAAGCCACUGUCCGAGGUUGAGAACGAAGAGAAAUUAGCGUCAUUAACCAACAACAACAACAACAACAAUAACGAAAAAUUAACGUUGUCAGAAGGGUCAAGUGAGCUCAACUUUGUUGAAGCCGAGACCUGUAACAACAACAACAACAGCAACAAUCAGGUACCUUCCUUGGCAGUUAUGGACAGUUAUCCGACAAUGGACAAUGUGGUCUGCAGCAAUCCUAUGAGCUCAAACACACCACCCACCCAUGAGUUCUUCCUCAACAAGACAGCUGAUUUGUCAGGCUACCUCUCUUUCUUGAACUACACUAAUGCUGCUGCCAACAACAUAGGAUCAUCAUUUCCUAUGCAGCAUCCUAGUAACAGCAGCCUCUUCUUGAAUCCUGGCAAUCCCAAGUCAAAUGUUGUUCUCCCCAUGGAAACCAACUCCUCUUUCUUUGAAAACAAUGCAUCAUUCUCUUGGGGGGCCACCAAAGAAAGUAGUGAUCUUGAUGAGACCAAAUGGUCAGAAUAUCUCCAGGCACCAUUCUAUCUACAACAAAAUCAUCAAGCUCCUCCCAAUCAUCAAGACUUAUUCGGCGAAGGGAAACCCGAUACGCAAUUCGCACCACAAGGCGGGUCCCCAUUCACUCCGACUACUACUACUGCUACUGCUGCGACUACUACUUGGCUGCAAAACCAGGCCAUGUAUAAUAAUAGUAAGAAUUUUCAGAGACUUCAUGCUGCAUUUGGACAGUUUUCUUAAGUUUAAUUUUAUCGAAAAUGGAUUCGGAAAUGAUGAUGAGUGUGCUAUAGAGUUCCUGCUAUUCUUAAUCUGUAAAUAGGUCUAAUACAAAUUGAAGUUCAAUGUUUCAGAU